UCGUCCAUUAUGGGUUUAAAAUAAAAACAUCGGGUCAUAGUCUAGGUAGUUUGAACAAAAGAAAAAAUGAGUGUUCCUGAUGAGACUAAAAUUAUUUACCAUGUAGAUGACGAAGAGACACCUUAUUUAGUAAAGAUACCAAAAUCGCCAAGUUUAGUUACAUUAGGGGAUUUUAAGAAUGUCAUUAAUAGACCAAAUUAUAGAUUUUUUUUUAAAUCAAUGGAUGAUGAUUUUGGAGUUGUAAAAGAAGAAAUCAUUGAUGAUGAUACAAUACUGCCUUGUUUUAAUGGCCGUGUUGUUUCAUGGGUUGUACCACCUGAAGAAGGUUCCAAUGAUUGCAACUCGACUAAUUCAGGUGAAUCUGCACUCAAACAAGGACGUUCCAAUGUUAGUAAAAAGGAUAGAUUUCCAGAUAAUGAAUCUGUUUGCUCUCACAAAAGUGUUCGUUCUAACAGAAGUCGUCGUUUAGAUACUGAAAAUGAAAAUCGAAGUAAAGUAAGAAAUCACAGAGAUCAUCGCUCAGACUUUGACUCUUCUUCUAUUAUGAGUAGCGAUUUGGAAACUACAAGUUUUGUUGAUUCAGAUGAAGAAAGUCGGAUAUCUAGCACUACUGAAAAUUCAAAGUAUGGUGGAGCACGUCAAAAGCGGCGGCGUAGAAAGCAAAGAAUGCCUCGUGUAGAAAGGUGUUCUUCAUUCAGUACAAUCACUGAGUCAACUAUGUCUCUUAAUAUUAUCACUGUUGUUUUAAAUAUGGACAAGAUUAAUUUUCUCGGCAUCAGUAUUGUUGGACAAGCUAAUAAGAAGGGAGAUGGUGGAAUAUAUGUUGGAUCAGUUAUGAAAGGUGGUGCUGUUGACGCAGAUGGAAGAAUUGAACCUGGAGAUAUGAUACUUGCUGUAGGUGAUGUAAACUUUGAAAAUAUGAGUAAUGAUGAUGCCGUACGUGUCCUCAGAGAGUGCGUACACAAACCUGGUCCCAUCAUGCUGACGGUAGCUAAAUGUUGGGAUCCUAAUCCAAAAGGUUAUUUUACAGUGCCUAGAAAUGACGUCACAAGACCUAUUGACCCGGCAGCUUGGAUGCAACAUUCCGAGGCUGUAAGAGCAUCUGGUGGUCUUUUGGGAGGACGUACAGGUAGUCCCUCUAUGAGCACAAUGACUUCAACAAGUGAUUCUCUAACAAGUUCGAUUCCAGAAUCUGAUCGUUAUAUUGACCACUCAGACCUUGGUUUGUCAAUUAAAACAGAUAUGAAUACAGUUAUAAAAGUAAUGGCGUCACCAGAUUCAGGUUUGGUUGUUCGCGACAGAAUGUGGCUUAAAAUUACUAUUCCGAAUGCUUUUAUUGGAUCUGACUUGGUGGAUUGGUUGUUUGCACAUGUCGACGGUUUUCAGGAUCGCAGAGAUGCUCGAAAGUAUGCUUCUAAAUUGCUAAAGGCAGAACUUAUUAAGCAUACAGUGAAAAAAGUUACAUUCUCCGAACAAUGUUAUUAUGUUUUUGGCGAUUUAAACAGUUCCAUGAAAGGUUUAAUCUUGGAUGAUUUUGAAUCGAAUGAGUUACCUUUGCCACACUCUAGUCAUUGUGGCUCUUGGGUUGGAAACAAUCAAUCUUCUCAGUAUGUUAUGCAAAUGGGGGGUAUGCCUUUAAUUCAUCCUGGUAUGAUUGUUCGUGGUUCGCCUUCAAUAACUUCUAGUUCGGAGAUGGGUGUUGCUCCUUCUGCAAGUAACUAUUCUAAUGUUCCUCCUAAUUAUAUGGAUAUGUAUUCUCAAAUAUAUCAACCAACUUUCAAUCCUUAUUUUGCUCACAAUUCUGGUAGUCAAGGAAGCAAUAGUGGUUCUGGAGGUUCUUUUCGAGGACACCAAUUGAAUCAGCAACAGCAGCUUGUAAUGCAACAGCAACACUAUGAUUACGAUCAAGCCACAAUACGCAGUAGUAGUUCUUCGGACAAAAGUCGCGGCAGUAAGAGUAGCUUAGAAUCUAAACGUGUUUUACUUGCAACGACAGACCAUCUAGCGAGCGAUAAAAUUAUAUCGCCGGAUACUGUCAGCUUAAAUGGCAUAAGAGAGUCAAAUAUCUCAAACAACAAUUAUGAAAAAGGAGAAAACGCUCGCAAUAACACUUCGCGCGAGUUCGGACGCCUUGACACCAUCCCGCGCGAAAUAAGCGCAAGUAAACAAAGUUUUCGAAUGGCUAUGGGAAAUUCGUCAAACGAAUUUUUUGUAGAUGUUAUGUGAGCAUUUUGGUGAUUAAUUUUGCUAAUUUAUCUGGAAAAUGGGUUAAAUCGUUUUAGUGGGAGGAAGCAACAGGUGUGAAACUGAAUGUUUCGAAGCAUCUUUUUGGUUUCUCUGAAAACUAAAAGGUUUGAAUGUCUUAUUAGGAAGUGUGUUUAAACGACUCAGAAAUAAUUACAGUUGUAGAAAGAAAAACAAGAAAAAUCUUGAAUCGGCGGCACGUCCGCUGCAUAACGGUAAAUUUGAGUGACAACAACUUGACAUUUUGCGAUGAUCAUGGUUAAUCGCUAUUUGUUCCUCGAUUCUUCCUUUAAUUUUAAAAAUUUUGUGUUACGUAUCAGAAUUUUAAAAUACCAUUGCAUAUAACGUUGAAUUCUAAAAACAAAAAUCGAAAACAACAAAUUAUUGUAUAUAGUCUCGAAUACAUUUUUGUAAAAUAAUUAUAUUAUAUAUGACAAUAUUUUGUAUCCAUCCCUCUCAUCAAAAGUUGUCUCAGCGACACAGAUGUCUGACGAGACAUCUGUGCUCACUGGGGUUAAAAGAAAACUCGAUAGUUUUAAA